GUUAAAUAAAGGAAGAAGAGGAAGAGGAUAACACGAACAGAGGAGGCGGCGGCGUUUUGAAGUGCGAAGGGUGUUGUGGUUUGUGUGAGUGUUAAAAUCCCUCCUCCUUCCUUAAACUCUUGAAAGCGUCCGCAAUGUUCCGCAGAAUCUUGUGCCAUCAUCGCGCACUCUCAGCCUGCACUCACAAUGCCACGCGCUCUCUCGCUACUCGCCACGCCCCCAACGUCACUCACCCUCCCUUCCUAAUCACACCAUCAAGGCCUCUUUCUUCCAAAUCAUCUCAAUCCCGCGAACCCAACGAUAAGGCGAAAAAGGACGUAGCCAAUGUCGACGAUCCCUUCAGUGCCCCAACCUAUAACAUUCCCGAGAAGCCAGUGACGUUCGUGGAGGGCGCCUCUUACAGCGUUGUCAUUCUCGCAGGGCUCGGAAUCGCGGCUGCUGCUGGAUAUGCUGUUUUCAAGGAGCUUAUAUUUCAACCUAAGGAGUACAAGAUCUAUAGCAAGGCUCUCAAGAGAAUUCAAGAUGACGGUCAGGUACGAGUCAGGAUUGGAUCUCCGAUUACUGGUUAUGGUCAGGAAAGUAGAAAUCGAGCUGCUCGCCAAAGAAUUCCUCACAGGAUAUGGACUGAUGAAGAUGGAGCUGAGCAUGUAGAGGUUAAUUUUUAUAUCCGGGGCCCUCAUGGACAUGGAAAAGUAUUCUCCGAGAUGUUCAAAGGCCAAGCUGACAAUGAAUGGAAGUUUACUUACUUGAUUGUUGAGAUUAGAGCACCUUCUACAGCACAAAUAAUUUUGGAGUCAUACAUACCAUCUUACAAUGCAACCAAGUAGCCUAGAUGGGAAAAGGUCUUUAAUAUUUGGUCCAUUACUGGAGGCUGCAUUUUUCAGCUAUCAGCAUUGAUCACAUUAUAGCCAGUCCAUGUUUCAUAAGGGAUGAAAGAAGGAAAGACAAUUAAAGAAAGUCAAAUAAUGUGAGAAACUGGAUCCCAAGUCUCAGGUUCAAUAUUUUUGUGUUUUUUUUUUUGUUUUUCCAUUUAGAACCUGCAGAUUUGAGGAAAAGUUUGGGGCAAGGAUCUUAGUAACCAUGACCAGAGCAAUUACUGUGUCCUUGACAGCUAUUGAGAAUUUCAUCUACCAAUUUGUUGUUAUUGCUGACAAUUCUACAUGGCUUGGUUUGUGAAGUACAUUGAGUAGCUGGUUGUAGCAUGCCAAAUUUAGGAUGAAUAUAUAAGGUUAUUGAAGCCAAAAACGAAAAUUGAUAUGGAUCAUAUAAGAUUGAUGUUGAUUAUUACCACACAGAUAGUAAGGAUGUUUCAUUGAUUUCA